UGUUGUACAGCUGUCAUUGUUCAGAAAGUUUUAUGCACAGGAGUACAUCUCAUUUGAUAAAUAUGUGCGUCAACACCACCAACUCUACUUGCUAUGUGGAAAUCCUUCAAGGUGUGGCCUACAGUCCGUUGUUUCUUCUGGGUUUCCUUGUCAAUGCUGCAGCUUUGCGUGCCUUCAUUGCGAAACGAGAUUCCUGGACAGACACCCACAUCUACAUGUUCAACCUGGCCAUAGCUGAUUCUGCCCUCAUCCUCUUCCUUCCCUUUAGGAUUUACGAUGCCUUUUUCUGCCUGUCUAAGACUAAACUGUGUACUUUCCUCAUUAUUGUACAUUUCAUCAACAUGUAUGCCAGCAUCAUGACCACGACCGCCAUCAGUGUCCAGCGCUACCUGGUUAUAAGGUUCCCUCUGCAGACCAGAACCUGGAGGAAGAAGAAGAAGGCAGCUUUGGUUGUGUGUUUGGUUCUUUGGGGAGUUCUGGGGACAAUAGGUGCUGUAUUCCAAUAUGAGAACAACCCUAAAAGUCUCUGGACAUGCUAUGAAAGGUGUAAAGAUGAUCCACUUGGACUAGACACCAUUGUGAUUCUGGUUGUCCCAGGCUUCCUCAUUCCACUGGUGAUCAUUGUGUUUUGCUCCAGUCAGAUCAUCUAUAUUCUGUCAAAAGUGGAAGGCCAAUCAGAAGAAAAGAAAAGCAUAGUUGGCAUAGUAACGGCAAACAUGAUUGUGUUCAUCGUCUGCUACACACCAAUCCAUAUCGCCUUUCUUGUCAACCUUCCCAGUCCACCCUCAAACUGGCGUGAGAAAUUCACACCAGCACAUCUGUAUUUACUGGUGUCUGAGUGGAUUGCUGCUACAAACUGCUGCUUUGAUUCAAUCAGCUACUAUUUCUUAUUGAAAGGGUUUUAUCAAGUUCAAAAAUGAACCCUGAUGAGGUCAUCAAGGUAAUCUCGGUUUGGGCUUGAAACUUUUUAAUAUAAAUCUGAGUCACAAAUCAGAGACGUGUUGUUCAAAAAAGAAUUGAGUUGAAUUAUGGGAGUUGUAGUCCCCAGUGUUUUUGGAGGCUCAUAUAUUCUAUGGUCUAAAAUUCAGGCUAUCUUGAUCACUGCUUUUCAAUCUUUUUAAUUUUCAAUCAUUCUUUUGUGAGAUCCUUAAUUUUAUGGAAGCGCAACAGAAAAAGGUUGAUUUAUUGAUUGCGAUGACAUUUUUGAUCAAUAUUUUAUGAUUGAUCCUUAGAAAAUAUAGGCUAUUUGUAAUGCUAAUGAAAAAAUGAACUAUUUAACUGGAUCCACAUGACUGACUUACCUGUACUGUUGAUUUGUGAAUGAAGGUAAUUAUUUUUUAAAGUAUUCUAAAUCGUGUCAGUAUUUACAGAAUGUAAACAUGUACACCCGGCUUGGCCUAGAUCAUCAAACUGCCUUUUAAACUCCUCAGCUGCUUUAGGGACAUGCAUGAGUAUAUGUGUCUGUGUGUUUGGGCUAUAAAUACCUGUUAUCUAACUCACUCAGCCUUUUACUGACCUUAUUGCUCUCUGUGUUAUGUUGUGUUAUGUCGAAGCAGAAAACAAGGGGUAUUCUCAUGUCCAGAUUUCUCGACAAAACAACAGUCUGUGUGCACAGACAGACAAUGUCCAGUCAAUGUACAGGCACCCAUGGGAGCUCCUGCUUUUCAUUCCCUCACUGAGGCCAGAUGAAUGAAGGCCAGUGUCCAGCUCCCUCUUGUGGCGGGAAAAGUAAAUGCUUGAAAGAUUUUCCGCUUCCUCUCCGCUCUGCAGCUGCCUGUUAUGAUGCUUCAACCUGCCAAUCUGAUGAAAAAUAUUUUUCAUUGAAAGAAAAUAAA